GUUUAAGUGUGCUUUGAAAACACGUUCAGUAAGAUUGUAAAUAAAUUUGUCAACACAAAUUUUUAUUUUGGAUUUCCUGGCAAAUACCAGCGAAGUUAUGGAAAAUCAACCCAUUAAGGUGGAUUCGUCUGCUGUUUCUGCAACAACGACAUCAGAACUUGAAAGCAGUUUUAGAUUUAUGAAUUUAAGUUUUGAGAAUUCGGAUUCACUAGGUCCACCUCAAGAUGUCGGAAUAAGUAGUCUCGCUGCACCGAAUAAAAUUCUUCCAAGUGGUCUUUUCAAAUUUUCUGAGGAAAUAAAAAACCAUUUAUCGCCAGAAGAGAAGACGUUAGAAGAAUUAGGUUUUGAACCAAACAAGAUCGAAGACUGGGAAAGCAUUAAACAGCCAAAGAAACAGAGUCUCUAUGGAUUAUUAAAAAAUAUGAUUAAUAACUACAUUAAAACAAAUGUUCAAAUACGAAUUGGUGAUAUUACAUUAAACUGUCAUAUGAUGGUCUUGCAAUGCUAUUCGAGCUUUUUCAUGGAAUGCAGCAAUGAAGCUGUUAUAGAAUUUCCACCUGAAAGGAUAAGUGCCCAGGCUUUUAUGAUGGUAUACGAAUGGAUGCUAUCUGAUGAACCAUUACUUCAACGAGAAGGCAUUCUGGAACUUCUUAAUGCUGCAAACUUUUUGAAAAUCAAAGGUUUAAUCGAUCAGAUUUGGGUAUGUCUGGACGAUGAUAUAAGGUUUCAGGAAGACACAGCAUUUCAUUUGUAUAUCGAUUCACAUAAUUAUGGUUUGGAGAUGUUACAACAACUUAUGUUGCCAAGAAUUUGCAAGUUCUUCUUAACAAUGGUAUCGUCGAAGGAUUUUUUACUUCUAAAUACGAAAGAAAUUUGUAAUCUGUUGAGCUCAAAUUUUGUUGGCGUUAAUUCGGAAGUCGAAAUCCUUAUGUCAGCGGUGCGAUGGCUUAACUACAAUUGGAAAGACCGUCAAUGUCAUAUGUUUGAUGUUAUGAAAUGUGUUCGAUUUAGCCUGGUGCCUCCAUGGAUUCUGGUAGCUUUGGGACGUGAUACUGAAUGUGAUGAAGUUAAAAAAGUAAUCAAUAAUCCAGUUGUGAAGAAAAUGAUUGAAGAAGGAAUAUCGUACACAACAACGAAAUUGUAUUAUCCAAAGAAUGAUGAGAAUUUUCAGGCAUUCAUGGAACGUUUUAAACUAACUAAACCAGUUCAAAGACAAUGGAUCUGGGAUCCAGAAUGUUCAUUUCACCAUAAAAUCGACUGUCCGAAUCGAGUUUACAUAACUUAUAAGUCUUUUCUUGAGUAUAUUGAAGUAAUUCGAAGUAAGGGCAAAGACUAUUGGAGGUCUUUGCGUGUGGAGCAAGAAGAAGGUCAUGAUUUUCGAUGCUGUUCGGAGGGCAUUCCUGUAAAGGAUCAAAAUUUGUUUUGCGUGAUUCCAAAAGAAAGUCGAGAUCAAGCUGUUCAAGCAAGUGGAGAUGCCAGUGACUCUGAUGAAACAAAUAUGAAUGCGAUAUCUCAAACAGUUGACAUUAAAACCUCCUGGUGUCGAGAGAUUUACUCAUCUAACAAAACCAAUACCCGAGGCUUGGAAAAUAUACCAAAUAUAAGGACCCAAAGCGACAAUAAUAACAAAAAUACCAUUUCCACUAAGGGAGAUAAUAAAAAUACAACCUUAAGCCAAAAAUCCUCCUCUUGCUGUGAUGUUAAUCAAAAACCUAUAAAUAUUAAGAAAAGCGUUUUGGCCAAAUCCUUUUACUGCAGCAUGAGUUCAGAGCAGGAAUUCGAGUAUAGUAAUACAAUGGGCAAUAGGGUAACGGUGGCGUCUAAGAAACAACACCAUCAUCAGAGCAUUGUUGACGUUGAUGUUCACCAGGAACUGGCCAGGACCAUCAGAGAAGGGACAACUAUGCCGCCACUGAAAAAUCGUGAUGAUUUUGAUGAUGAUGAAGAUGGUGGUGAUGAUGGAGAUGUUGAUGAUGAUGAUGAUCCCAUCACUUCGAAGGCUGCUAGAGCGAAACAAAUUGGUAUUUCCCGGAAGCGAGAUUCACGGAGUGAAUUAAAUUUCGACAAUAUGAACCAAAAGAUUUUUUUAUUCGGUGGCAUUGAUCCGUAUGCACAAGUGAAAACAGCGAGCAAUGGUCAAGGGAUGGAUGUUUUAUAUUACGACAGCUGUGAGAAUGCCUGGAAGUUUUUAUCCAAUAUGCCUCGAAGCAGGCAUCAUCACUCAGCUGCUGUGUAUCGUGGAAAAAUUUAUAUUAUUGGAGGAACGAGGCAAGGUUCGGAAAGAUCUAUUUUCGAAACUGCCGUUUGGAGCUUCGAUCCAAAAUACCUUGAAUGGCAUAAUGAAUCCAACUUACCACAAUGUCGCAGGGAUUUUGGCCUGGUCGCUUACGAUAAUGAUGUCACAAUCAAUAAAGGUACAAAUAAUGCCGAUCAAGGUGAUGGAAAACUUCAAACACGACCUGGAGGGCUUUACAUCUUCGGUGGAGAAAGUAACAACGGCAGUCCAUUAUCUUCCAUGCUUUACUAUAAUGUCGAGAAGAAAGUGUGGACAGAGGAAGCUUCUUUGAAUAUAGGUCGCUAUGGUUUAGCUUUUGCGAUGGUUAAUACUAAGAACACUUCAGAGAUUUGGGUUGCAGGCGGAGUUUGUGGGCAUGAAAAGGGUGGUCAUCCUAUAAUUACAGAUUCUAUGGAAAGUUAUAGCCUAACGAGUGACGAUGGUUGUUGGCGUUGGAAGGAGUUAAUUAUACGACUUCGGAUACCAAGAUUGUUUUCAAGAUUUUGUACAACUAACGGAGGAACUAAUCUUUACAUUGUUGGAGGAAUCGGCUUGGACUCUCAGCAUCCGGGUGAAUUCAAGUCACUUGGAUCUAUAGACUAUUUUUGCUGCAAUGAAAAUAGUUGGAAUCAUCUAACUGAUAUGAUAAUGCCGAGACAUGGCCACGAUGUGCUAGCAAUUAAAGACAAGAUUUUAAUUUUUGGAGGAGUUUGUGGGAAUACUCGAAAGACUCUCAAGUCAGUGGAAUGUUUUUCCACCAAAACCAACUCUUGGAUGAUGCAUGGCAUCGUUUUUCUGCCAUUAGCACUUUCAGGGUUAACAGCAAUUGCAAUUGACACGAACGAGCCCACCAAAUGAUUUGUUGUUUGUGUAAUGGUUAUAAUUUAUUUUGUUAAUGUUGUUGUUGAUUUUUACCCAAAACAUACAAUUUUUCAUGUAUUGAGUUAAUAAAUAAAACCAU